CCAACCAUACACAAUUUUCGAAGCGGGCAAUCAAAUAUGGAUGAAUCUCAUGACCACGAGACUAUUACGUACGACACGUUCACGCAAUUGCUCAAGUCAUACAAAGACCUUGUUCCGAGCAAGUUAGACGAGCUGGAAGAGCACCGACUCGAGACCAUACCUAAAGCACUAUCGGAAAGGACCGACGACGCGCAUCUCAAAAAGAGUGAAGUGCAAACCUUAGUGGACUGGAAGCUGUACGUUGAAGCGUUGAGAGUCCCACUUCCUUGCACACACUGAUGCUUCCUCGAAUCCUUCAGCGGUCAUGGCACUUUCAGACCUUCUCUGCGCAAGCUUGUCGAAUCAAAUUCAGAUGAGACGGUGGAGCAGUGUACGCGAGAAGCGUUCGAGACUUACGACAAGGACAGCGAUCAGUGGGACAAGGCGGUGGCAAUGUUGGCCAAAGGCCUCCGUGGCGUAGGGCCCGCGACGGCCUCGCUCCUGCUCAACACUUACGACCCUGAGAGAGUGCCGUUCUUUUCCGACGAACUGUUCCGAUGGGUAAUGUUCUCCGGGGGCAAAGGUAAUGGCUGGGACAGGAAGAUCAAGUAUUCGGCGAAGGAAUACCAAGAGCUGUACAAACGGGUGGAGUUGUUACGAGAGAAAUUGUCCAAAGAUGGCGAGAAGACGAUCACGUCAAUUCAAGUGGAAAUGGCAGCGUACGUGCUCGGGCGGCAACAGACCGAGGGAGCAAAGAGAAGGAGGAUUGGUGAAGAAGACGAAGAAGAAACCAAAACGGAAGCAGAAGAAGACAAGACCAACAAGAGGAAACGAAGAAAGACAUAGAGAUUUUGUACCAUCGGUAUAGCAUUGAUCAUCAGCAUGAUGUCGUACACAUGCAGCUCAUGAAGCCCCUCCAAGGGUCCGAGGGGUCAUCGGUUCGAGUUGAGACUGUCGAGGCAUAUCUCAUACUCGAGUGUUG